GGAUACCGUUUCCUAAUAAUAUCUGCGCCGUCCACUGCCGCCUCCAUAUAUCUAUCUAUCGCCCACCCAUCUCUUCUUCUUCUUCUUCUUCUUCAAUCUGCGCAGAACGACGGGAGUUUUGCAUAGAACCCACAACGCAAGUACUACCAAUCAUGGCGGCCACUGUUAACGCGUGGAGCAAGCCUGGAGCCUGGGCCUUAGAUUCCGAGGAGAACGAAGCGGAGCUUCAGCAGCAGCAGCAGAUUGUCAAAGCCGCCGCCGAAGUGGCUCCCGCCGAUUUCCCUUCUCUGGCAGCCGCCGUCUCCACCAAGACUAAGAAGAAGAAGCCGCAACCCUUAUCUAUGCAGGAGUUUCACAAUUACGCCUCCGCUAAGCAGGUUCAAUCCCCGGAGAUCAUCUCUCUCCCGACCGGCCCCCGCGAGCGGACUGCUGAAGAGCUCGACCGCUCCCGGCUUGGAGGCGGGUUUAGAUCUUACGGUUCCUCGUACGAUAGGCCGGAUCGGGACGAUUCUCGCCGUCAGAGCAGCCGCGANCGAUUUCGCGCCUUCUCGCGCCGAUGAGACUGAUGAUUGGGGAGCGUCGAAGAAAUUUUCCCAAGGAAACGGUUUUGAGAGGAGGGAUCGAGGGGAUAGGGCAGGGUCAGGGUUUUUCUCCGAUUCCCAAUCUCGCGCCGACGGGUCUGAUAAUUGGGGGGCGAAUAAAGCUUUUGUCCCCUCCGAUGGUGGUCGCAGGGGGUUUGAGAGGAGAGGGGGGUUCGAAUCAAACGGCGGUGGUGCUGAUUCAGAUAUCUGGACAAGGAAGAAGGAAGACGAAUCGCGGAAAUUUGGCUCGGAUUCAGAGGGUUGGGGGAGAAAGAGGGAGGAAGGAAGCCUCAACAAUGGAAGACCAAGGCUGAAUUUGAAGCCGAGGACCAUUCCUCUAGGUGAAGGGCAGAUGAAUGGGAACGGUAGUCCAGGGAAACCAAAAGGUUCCAACCCAUUUGGGGAAGCCAGGCCAAGAGAAGAGGUUCUGAAGGAGAAAGGGCAGGAUUGGAAGGAGAUUGAGCAAAAGCUCGAGUCUAUGAAGAUGAAGGAUGUCGGGAAGAAGAGCUUUGGGAGCAGCAAUGGACGAACUUCACCUGAAGACAUUACAGAAAGGAGUUGGAGGAAGCUUGAAGAGAACGAUUCCAGUGCUGAGAAACAAGAUGGACGCCGUGAAGAAGAAUGUAGCAAUGGAGAAUGUAAUGAAGAUGCCGAACCUGUUCAGGAGGAGAAAUAAUGCUGCACUUCUGCAGAAAGAGUUUUGACAUACCAAAUGGCUAUAUGAGGAGAAAUCACCACACUUUCUUUGUACCCUUUUUGUUUCUUCUGGCUAAUAAGCUGUAUGUUUCAUUAUGCCAUAAUUUAUUUCAUGUAAACUGAAAUUCUGAAGCAAUUUUUGGU